UCGUCAAGAUCAGGGCAAAAGGAAGAAAACACCGAAUUCUGCUUGCCGUUUCAGAGCGGCGGUGAUGAAGACAAAAUUGAACAUUUACAACAUGCAGUUGCUGCUUUUUGUUUUCUUGGUGUGGGACCCUGCCAGGUUGGUGCUGGCUAACAUCCAAGAAGAUGAGGCUAAAAAUAACAUUACCAUCUUUACAAGAAUUCUUGACAGACUUCUGGAUGGUUACGAUAAUCGGCUUAGACCAGGACUGGGAGGAAUAUACAAUUGAUGUUUUCUUUCGACAAAAAUGGAAAGAUGAACGUUUAAAAUUUAAAGGUCCUAUGAACAUCCUUCGACUAAACAAUUUAAUGGCUAGCAAAAUCUGGACUCCAGAUACCUUUUUUCACAAUGGGAAAAAAUCAGUAGCUCAUAAUAUGACAAUGCCAAAUAAGUUACUUCGAAUUCAGGAUGAUGGGACUCUGCUGUAUACAAUGAGGCUUACAGUUCAAGCUGAAUGCCCAAUGCACUUGGAGGAUUUCCCAAUGGAUGCUCAUUCAUGUCCUCUGAAAUUUGGCAGUUAUGCAUAUACAACUUCAGAGGUCACUUAUAUUUGGACUUACAAUGCAUCUGAUUCAGUACAGGUUGCUCCUGAUGGCUCUAGGUUAAAUCAAUAUGAUCUGCUAGGCCAAUCAAUUGGAAAGGAGACAAUUAAAUCCAGUACAGGUGAAUACACUGUAAUGACAGCUCAUUUCCACUUGAAAAGAAAAAUUGGGUAUUUUGUGAUUCAGACAUACCUGCCUUGCAUCAUGACUGUCAUUCUCUCCCAAGUUUCAUUCUGGCUUAACAGAGAAUCUGUGCCUGCAAGAACUGUGUUUGGAGUAACAACUGUCCUAACAAUGACAACUCUAAGCAUCAGUGCUCGGAAUUCUCUCCCCAAAGUGGCUUAUGCCACUGCCAUGGACUGGUUUAUUGCUGUUUGUUAUGCAUUUGUGUUCUCUGCCCUAAUUGAAUUUGCAACUGUUAAUUACUUCACCAAAAGAGGAUGGGCUUGGGAUGGGAAGAGUGUAGUAAAUGACAAGUCCCCUUCAAUAAAAGCUGAAGGCAUUAUAUUAACAUACAACUCAGUGAAAGCAAUUCUUCAACGAGCUAAGCUAAUGUGGUCCAAGUAUAUAGCUUUCUCAUGGCCCAGUUUAUUCCAAGAAAGGACUUUAGAGUACUUAGAGAAGUGGAUGGACUGGUUAACCUUCAGAGAAUCUUCUAAAAAAGAAAAGGCUUCCGUUAUGAUACAGAACAAUGCUUAUGCAGUGGCUGUUGCCAAUUAUGCCCCGAAUCUUUCAAAAGAUCCAGUUCUUUCCACCAUCUCCAAGAGCGCAACCACGCCAGAACCCAACAAGAAGCCAGAAAACAAGCCAGCUGAAGCCAAGAAAACUUUUAACAGUGUUAGCAAAAUUGACAGAAUGUCCAGAAUAGUUUUUCCAGUUUUGUUUGGUACAUUUAAUUUAGUUUACUGGGCUACAUAUUUAAACAGAGAACCUGUAUUAGGGGUCAGUCCUUGAAUUGAGACCCAUGUUAUAUUUGGGAUAUAUAGCAACAUUAAAUUUGGUUUGUUUUGCUAUGUACAGUCUGACUAAUAACUGCUAAUUUGUGAUCCAAUAUGUACAGUAUGUAUAUAGUGACAUAGUUUACCAGUAGACCUUUAAUGGAGACAUGCAUUUGCUAAUUCAUGGAACUGCAGAUGGAAAACACUCCAUGCCAAAACAGCCAUUGCCUUUUUAAAAGAUUUACCCUAGGACCUGAUGUAAAGUGAAUUUCAGAUGACCUGAUUUAUUUCCUAUUCUUCUAAUAGAGAUGAAAAUGGGGAUCCUGUACGACCUUUUGUGGACCCUUUUGGUUUAGUUCUUAAAUAGGAGUACUUUCUACUCUUGCUUGGUUAUGAUGGAAGAUAACAUUGUCAUUCCUAGAUGAAUUAUUUGAAGUAACAAACAUUGUAUCUGCAACAUCAGCUCCGUUCAUGAAUGCUCAGAGUCCCUGCUAUUGUAACUGGAAGCUUGGCACACAUAAGAAAAACUAGAGAUUUGAAAUUGGCUUUUAAUUACUCUGUAUAGUAUCUAUAGCCAUGAACAUAUUACAGCAUGACAAGCUCAAAUAAUUUUGAGUCAGCCCAAUAGGAUGUUAAUUAUGCCUACGAUUUAGUAACUAUUGGAGUGUCAUGGUCAUUACACUUUUAGCUUCAGAGUUUAUUUGAAAGUAAUAAUUGAAAUCCUACAAUUAAUUUUAAUCAUUGGAAGCUACCUUAAUU